UGGCGGCGGCGCUGGAGGCCCCGGGCCUGUGAUCACAAAGAGGGAGCCGGGGGCCGGACGGGAGCGCGGCGGCGGCGGCUGAGGCCCAGGCCAGGCCCCCUCCCCUCAGCCUCCCGCCUGCCCGCCCUCCUCCGCCCGUCCGCCCCGCCCCCGCCGGCGGCGCCCCGCCCCUCCCCCAACCGCCCGACUAGCAUGGUGCGGCGGCCGCGCGCGCCGACAUGGGGGAGAAGCUGGAGCUGAGGCUCAAGUCGCCCGUGGGGGCCGAGCCCGCCGUCUACCCGUGGCCGCUGCCGGUCUACGAUAAACACCACGAUGCUGCUCACGAAAUCAUCGAGACUAUCCGAUGGGUCUGUGAAGAAAUCCCAGAUCUCAAGCUUGCUAUGGAGAAUUAUGUUUUAAUCGACUACGAUACCAAAAGCUUUGAAAGCAUGCAGAGGCUCUGUGACAAGUACAACCGGGCCAUCGACAGCAUCCACCAGCUGUGGAAGGGCACCACGCAGCCCAUGAAGCUGAACACACGGCCGUCCACUGGACUCCUGCGCCACAUCCUGCAGCAGGUCUACAACCACUCGGUGACUGACCCCGAGAAGCUUAACAACUAUGAGCCCUUCUCCCCGGAGGUGUAUGGGGAGACCUCCUUCGACCUGGUCGCCCAGAUGAUCGAUGAAAUCAAGAUGACCGAGGAUGACCUGUUUGUGGACCUGGGCAGCGGAGUGGGCCAGGUCGUGCUGCAGGUCGCUGCAGCCACCAACUGCAAACAUCACUAUGGUGUCGAGAAAGCCGACAUCCCAGCCAAGUACGCGGAGACCAUGGACCGAGAGUUCAGGAAGUGGAUGAAAUGGUAUGGAAAAAAGCAUGCAGAAUACACACUGGAAAGGGGAGAUUUCCUCUCGGAGGAGUGGAGGGAGCGGAUUGCCAACACGAGUGUUAUAUUUGUGAAUAACUUUGCCUUUGGUCCUGAGGUGGAUCACCAGCUGAAGGAGCGGUUUGCAAACAUGAAGGAAGGUGGCAGAAUCGUGUCCUCAAAGCCCUUCGCACCUCUCAACUUCAGGAUAAACAGUCGAAACUUGAGUGACAUUGGUACCAUCAUGCGUGUGGUGGAGCUCUCGCCGCUGAAGGGCUCAGUGUCGUGGACGGGGAAGCCAGUCUCCUACUACCUGCAUACCAUCGACCGCACCAUACUUGAAAACUAUUUUUCUAGUCUGAAAAACCCAAAACUCAGGGAGGAACAGGAGGCAGCUCGGCGCCGGCAGCAGCGAGAAAAUAAGAGCAACACGACCACCCCGACCAAGGUGCCUGAGAGCAAGGCGGCCGUUCCCGCAGACACCCCCGUGGACUCUGGUGCUGAGGAAGAGAAAGCCGGGGCGACCACCAUCAAGAAGCCGUCUCCCUCCAAAGCCCGAAAGAAGAAGCUGAACAAGAAGGGCCGGAAGAUGGCCGGCCGGAAGCGCGGGCGCCCCAAGAAGAUGAGCUCCACGAACCCCGAGCGCAAGCCCAAGAAGACCCAGAGCGCACUGGACCUGCUGCAUGCCCAGACCGUGUCGCGGGCGGCAUCACCCUCGCCGCAGGAUGCGCACAGGCCACCUCACAGCCCAUUCUACCAGCUACCUCCCAGCGUGCAGCGGCACCCCCCUGAGCAGCUGCUGCUGGCACCUACCCCGCCCGCACUGCAGAAGCUGCUAGAAUCCUUCAAGAUUCAGUACUUACAGUUCCUGGCGUACACAAAGACUCCUCAGUACAAAGCCAACCUGCAGCAGCUGCUGGACCAGGAGAAGGAGAAGAACGCCCGGUUGCUGGGCGCCGCACAGCAACUGUUCGGCCACUGCCAAGCUCAGAAAGAGGAGAUCAAGAGGCUCUUCCAGCAGAAACUGGACGAGCUGGGUGUGAAGGCGCUGACCUACAAUGACCUGAUCCAAGCGCAGAAGGAGAUCUCGGCUCAUAACCAGCAGCUGCGGGAGCAGACAGAGCAGCUGGAGAAGGGCAACAGGGAGCUGCGAAGCCGGAGCCUGCAGCUGCUCAAGGCUCGCUGCGAGGAACUGAAGUUGGACUGGUCCACGCUGUCCCUAGAGAACCUGCUGAAAGAGAAGCAGGCCCUGAAGAGCCAGAUCUCGGAGAAGCAGAGGCACUGCCUGGAGUUGCAGAUCAGCAUCGUGGAGCUGGAGAAGAGCCAGCGGCAGCAGGAGCUCCUGCAGCUCAAGUCCUGUGUGCCACCCGAUGACACCCUGUCUGCACACCUGCGGGGGAGGGGUGGCCUGGCCCGGGAGCCAGAGGCCGAGCCUGGCCGGCUGCGCCUGGAGCUGGACUGUGCCAAGUUCUCCCUGCCCCACUUCAGCAGCACAAGCCCGGAACUCUCCAUGAAUGGCCAUGCGGCCAGCUAUGAGCUCUGCAGCGCGCUCAGCCGACCCUCGCCCAAGCAGAACACUCCCCAGUACCUGACCUCCCCCCUGGACCAGGAGGUCGUGCCCUGCACCCCCAGCCAUGGCGGCCGGCCAAGGCUCGAAAAGUUGUCUGGCCUGGCCCUGCCCGACUACACCAGGCUUUCCCCUGCCAAGCUGGUGCUGAGGCGUCACCUGAGCCAGGAUCACGUGGCUGGCAGCAAGGCAGCCACCAGCGAUGUGCACCCACGAGUGGAGCCCACCAAGGAGAAUGGCCUCCCAUACCACAGCCCCGGCAUCACCAAUGGCAUCAAGCUGAGCCCCCAAGAUCCUCGGCCCUCGUCCCCCACAGGCUUACAGAUGACGGGAGAGAAGGGCAGCGAGAAGGGUGUGAGGGAGCGCGCCUACGCCAGCAGUGGGGAGGCCAUCACCAGCCUGCCUGUCAGCAUCCCGCUCAGCACCGUGCAGCCCAGCAAGCUGCCUGUCAGCAUCCCUCUGGCCAGCGUGGUGCUGCCCAGCCGCGCUGAAAAAGUGAGAAGCACCCCCAGCCCAGGCCCACAGGCCCGAGAGACCUCCUCCACUCUUGAGAAGCAAAUGGGUGCUAAUGCCCAUGGCGCCGGGGGCAGUGCUGCCGGGGGCAAAGGUCUUGCCCUGCCUCCCACAGGCUUCACCUACGCUGGCUCAGUGGCCAUCAGUGGGACCCUGGCUGGCAGCCCGGUGCCACUUGCCCCUGGAGCCGAGCCCCCCGCCUUGGAUGAGUCCUCCAGCUCCGGAAGUCUCUUUGCCACCAUGGGGUCCCGCAGCUCCACCCCGCAGCACCCGCCCCUGCUGACACAGCCUCGCAGUUGUGGCUCUGCCUCACCCGCCCCUCAGCUCUGCACCAGCCCCCGGCUGGCUACCCAGGGCCCGCUCCCUGACGCCAGCAAAGGGGACCUCCCCGCUGAGGCUGGCUUCUCAGACCCAGAGAGCGAAGCCAAGAGGAGGGUCGUGUUCACCAUCGCAGCCGGUGCUGGCAGUGCCAAGCAGUCGCCAUCCAGCAAGCACAGCCCCCUGCCCUCAGGCACCCGCGGGGACAGUGGCCAGAGCCAUGGACAGGACAGCCGCAAGCGGGGCAGAAGAAAGCGGGCAUCGGCAGGGACCCCCAGCCUGAGCUCAGGCGUGUCCCCCAAGCGCCGGGCCCUACCAUCUGUCGCUGGCCUCUUCACUCAGUCUUCAGGGUCCCCCCUGAAUCUCAACUCCAUGGUUAACAACAUCAACCAGCCUUUGGAGAUCACGGCCAUCUCAUCCCCCGAGAGCUCUCUGAAGAGUUCCCCUGUCCCCUACCAGGACAAUGACCAGCCCCCCGUGCUCAAGAAGGAAAAGCCCCUGAGCCAGACCAACGGGGCCCACUACUCCCCACUGACCUCGGACGAGGAGCAGGGCUCGGAGGAUGAGCCCGGCAGUGCCAGAAUCGAGAGAAAAAUUGCAACAAUCUCCUUAGAAAGCAAAUCUCCUCCGAAAACCUUGGAAAAUGGUGGCGGCCUGGCGGGAAGGAAGGUGCCACCGGCCAGCGAGCCAGUCAACAGCAGCAAGUGGAAGUCCACGUUCUCGCCCAUCUCCGACCUUGGCCUGUCCAGGGCGGCUGAUAGCCCGUUGCAGGCCAGCUCCACUCUGAGCCACAGCUCCCUGUUUGCUUUCCGGCCCAGCCUGGAGGAGCCCAGCUCAGCCGACACCAAGCUGGCCGCCCACUCCAGGAAGAGCUUCUCGGGCACCCUGCCAGCGGCAGGCGGGUUGAGUCCCAGCAGCCACCCUGCCAGCGGCUUUGCCCUUGGCGGGGGCCUGGCAACCGACCUCAGUUUACACAGCUUCAGUGAUGGUGCUUCUCUCUCCCACAAGGCCCCCGAGGCGGCUGGCUUGGGUGCGCCCUUGAGCUUCCCUGCCCCACGGGGCAAGGAGGGCAGCGCCUCAGAACCCGGCCCCUUCUCGAACAAGAGGCAGCUGGAUGGACUGGGCCCAAAGGGCGAGGGGGGCCUGCCCACCUGCGGGCCCACGGACAAGGCCUCUCUGGUGCACAGCAAGGCGGGCAAGGGCCGUGACCGUGAGCCCGACGUGAAGAAUGGCCACAACCUCUUCAUGGCCGCCGCCACCGCACCCCCUGGGGGCCUCCUCAGUGGCCCAGGCCUCACCCCGGCAGUGUCCUCAGCAGGCAGCACGGCCCCGGCCACCCAGACACACCGGCCCUUCCUGGGCGCCUUUGCCCCCAGCCCGCAGUUCACACUGGGCCCCAUGUCCCUGCAGGCCAACCUGGGCCCAUCCGUGCUGCAGUCCCUGUUCAGUUCCGUGCCCGCUGCCGGCCUGGUGCAUGGCUCGUCCGCCGCCACCAGACUGACCAACUCGCACGCCAUGGGCAGCUUCUCCUCCGGGGUUGCUGGCGGCGCAGUUGGAGGUGUCUUUAACCACGCGGUGCCUCCCGCCUCCGCUCAUCCGUUUGGAGCCAGUUUCGGCAGUGGGGCUGCAUGUCGCAGCGCCACGCUGAGCUUAACCCCGCUGCAGGCGGUGGCCAGCACCCCGGCCUCUUCCUUUCAGGCCCCGUCCUCUGCGGAGCCGAGGCCGCCCCCACCCCCUCCCCACCUGGGCCGGCCCCCUCCAGGGCAGCCUGCCCUUCACGCACCGCCCCCCCCUAACGCUGCCUUGCCUCCUCCCCCCGCGCUGCUCCCGGCUAACUCUGAGCCCGUGCUUCUGCAGAACCUUGCGUCCCUCCCGGCUAACCAAGCUUUCUUACCUGCCUCCUCUGCCGCCUCUCUGCCGCCUGCUAACGCCUCUGUGUCCAUCAAGCUGGCCUCCCUCCCGCACAAGGUGUCCCGCCCCUCCUUCACGGUGCACCACCAGCCCCUGCCUGGGCUGGCCCUGGCCCAGGCCACACCCAUGAUCCCGCAGGCCAGCUCCACGGGGCCGCCCGCCGUGUGGGUUUCCCUUGGCAUGCCGCCUCCAUAUGCCGCGCGCCUUGCGGGGGUUAAGCCGCGAUAAAGACCUUGCUUAGCUAGCAGUCCGUAUUCUGUAAGGUAAGGCGAGAGCCUGAGCAGGCGGCCCAUACCAGACACUGAACUGUCCUUCCUUUUGCAGAGAGCAGGCGGGCCCGCACGGCUCCGCAGAGGGGCCAGGGAGGCAAGGGACCUGGGGUGGCCUGAGCUUGCCACCGAGAGCAAGGGAGGGCGUGGCUAGCCCCGCCGCUGACUGGACCCUCUCACCAGGUCCCCCACGGAGGGGCCCAGAGGAGCUGGACAAGGCUGGAGUUCUGGCUCAUCAGGCCCAGCUCAAGUUUGCUGCCACCCCAGGCUUGGUGUCUGCCGGCCAGGGUCCCAGCCAGCUCAGGAUCCAGCUUUGCCUUCUGUGCGCUCUUGGGCCUCAGCCCAUUUCCUUAAAGUAGGAUUUAAGGCCCCUGGUACAGAGCAGACCUUCAGAGAACAGUGGUCACUGUUGGGUCAUGUGUUGGGCUUAAUUAGCUAAAGGCCUCUACCUAUAGGGGCUGGUAGGUAAGGGUGGGCAUGGCCCUGGCCACACAGGAAGGCAGGCCAGGACGGUGGGCAGUGCCUUGUAGUCAGGACCACAGCACAGCUCCUCCUCUCAGCCUGUGAGUCUCAGACUGGCCGUGUGGGGUCUGCAAGGGACAGCAUUGGAAGGGCCCGCCUUUGGGAGCUGGACAGGGCAGGUGUCUGUUAGGAGGGGUAGGCAGUUAGCUGGGCACGGUGCUCCUGGCCCGGCCACAGCUGGUGGUACAUCCACUUCCCCUGGGACAGGGGCCUUCCUGGGCGAGCCCACAGCCCAGGGGACAAGUACUCAAAUGGAAACUGGGCACCAGGGCCAAGCUCAGGGCCUGCCUGCUGUCCUUGGCUGUCUGUCUUGUGUUUAAAUGGAAACAGAUGGGAGGCCGCUGGAGUCUGGUUAGGGUGCAGGUCAGCGGACAGCCUUGUCCGAGGCCUGGCGAUGGACUAUGCCUCAGUCCUGUUGCAGAAGCCUAGGAGGUAGGACAGCUUAGUGCGCAGUGGCCUCACUCCGUCAUAGAAGAUGUUGGCUUGGAGAGGAUAGAUGUGCACAUGGAGGUCGGGUGUCAGGCCCACGGUGGACACUGCCUUCCGUCCCCUGCCCCAGGCCCAUCACAGGCAGCCCCAGCUGAACAGUACCCACCUCACACCCAGAGUGGUGACCAGGGAGGGGCUCGGUUCCAAGGUUUCGGGGGGGAGGUGGGGAGAGGAGGCCAGAACCCAGGCAGCACCCCAUGCACACUGCAAAGGCUUGGGAUGGGGACAUCCCGUCUCUGACGGGCCAGGGGCGCAGCACAGGGGUCCUUGAAGCCACCACCUUGGUCCGUCUGUUGGUCUGUCUGUAGGCGGCUUUGGUCCCCUGGCCCAGGGGAGCGCCUAGGCUCGUGGGAGACGCUAACACUGUGCUGUCUUUCCUCCCGCGCCGUCUCCGCAGGUAACUAGGAUUUCUACCUCAACCGCGAGACUAUGCAAGGACAGGGCGGGCCGGCGGUGCCGCGCCCACCACAGGACGGCAAGGACGGACAGAAGCCAGAGGACAGGCUCUACUGUGAAUCAGCGCUGCGCAGAACUGCGGAGACGGCUCCUGGGGCCUGGCUCCAGCCUGUACUGUCGAUAGUUUUAGAUAAAGUAUUUAUCGUUUUUUAAAAAGUAUAAACAAUUUUGACUUAUUUUAUUCCACUGAAGUCGUAAAGGCAACCUAUUGAGAAGUGUAAAUACUAUAUAUGAGAGGAUCUAUAUAAAGACAUCUACCGAAGGACUGGCCCGCCCGGAGACGCCGCCAGCCGGGCCGGUGCUAUCUUGUCGCCAGGCUCGCGCCUCCUUGUCCUCUUGGUGCUGACUCUCGAGGUUGACCAACGCCAAACCAGUCCUUUGAAGCGCCUGCCCAGUGUGUCCCCACCACUCUUCCUAUACCAAAGGCAGCGUCUCCAGGUGGAGGCGGUUCCUCAGAAAAGGCCCGCCCACUCAGCACUGUGAACGGACGCAGCCCGGUCCGGGAUCCGCCUUUGGCAUAGGAAGGGCCGGGUCCACCAGCGGCAAGGCUGCAGUGGCGGAGCCUCAAGGAGGGGACCCGCUCUGAGUGGUGCUGUGAGGAGGGUCUGGUACCCUACUCUUGCCUGGCUGGCUCGUGUGACAAGUGCAUUUACUUUUGUACGUCUCUGCUCAUCCUGCUCGCGCCGCAGGCCACCCAUGCAGGGUUGGCUCCCAUAGUGGUGGCUGGAAACGCGGGCAGGUUAGUUGUGGGUGCCUGGUGUGUCUACAGGAGAGUCACGCUGAUGGGUGACAGUAUUUUAUAGAGAUGUGAUGAAAAUUUAUAAAUUUCAUAGACUUGACUUCAUUUAUUUUUAGAUUUUAUGACAAAUGCACAGUAAACUAAAGAGAAAAGUGAGGGGAAACCUUCCUAUUAAAGUGCACAGUGGCACUGGCCCAGGGUCUGCCCACCAACCCCACAGCUGGGGGUGACACCUGCCCCAUGUGGAGGGGCCAUGGUGGUGCUUGGGAACAGGAGCAUUGAGGGUGGCCGGGCAGCAGGCAUCCCCUGAGGCCCCCAGGUAGCUGGAAGGGCUCUCACCCCUCUUGCAUAGUUUUUGUGACCGGUCCUGGAUUCCUGGUGGGGCGGUGUUGUCUGUGCCUCCCGAGCACUUCUCGGUCCCCUGAAAGGGCAGACAUUGGCCAAAGGUGCUGGCAGGGAGCCCAGACUCUUGAGGUGGGUGCCCUGGCCAAGGCUGGGUGCAAGGGGUCAGAGCCCCGUCCUUAGGUGCUUGCUCCAGAGAUGGCACCUGCCAAGGAGUGUGGGAGGUGGGCCUUCCAUGGGGAUCUGAUUUGAGCCUCCCCCAGUCUGGCCCACACAACCCCACCCCUGAGGUGGAUGCCCAGAGCCCUCUGCUUGCCCAAAAGGGUCUGUCUGGUGGCCAGAGCCUGGGCCUGCUUCCUGAUCUCUGGGGAGGUCUAGAGCCAGCCUUGCGGGCAGGUGGGUGGAGGCCCUGUGGGACAGGACACAGGCCAUGAGGGCAGAGCAGGACAGCCCUGUGCAGGCAGCAGUUGGGGCUGGAGAUAGUGCCCCUCCUGUGACCAGCCACCCUGCCCCUGCCCUCCAGGGCAGUGCUUCCCAGGCACGAUGGUGCUGGCCUGGCCCUGACCCCCAGGCCCCUCUCCAAAAGGCCCCUCCCUGUGUCAGGAGUACAAGGCUCCCUGAAAAGCUGCAGGGCCAACAGGAGUGCCCGUCUGGAACAAAGCAACACUGUACACAAACACUGCGUCACUCGUUGCAGGGGGUGGGCUUGAGGCCGCCACACCUAGUUGUCCUCUGCACGCCCUCAUGGGCCCAGGGCCUGCCGCACAGGGUGCCCAGCUCAGCCUCUUCUCCUCCAGUCCCAGACCCUCGGCCUGAGCUCAGCCACUGACCACAGGAAGGACCUGCCGCUGCUGUUGACGCGGGCACUCCAGGUCUGAUGGCUACAGUUUUUGCUCAGGAAAACCUAACAACUAAGGCAACCCUCCCUUCCUCUAGGAAUCGAGACCUAUUUAAAAACUCACCGCUGUUAUUUAUCCUGCCCGAGGUCCUACCGUUGGUUCUCUUUCGCUCGUCCAACCACGCUUUCUCACAUCUCCACCUCAGUUUGUAAGGCUUUGCUUUGUCGUUCUGGUAGCCUGUGUUUCAGAUGGGGCGCUGGCUCCCCUCUUCCCAAGGGAACCCCACUACACUCUGCGUUUCCACUUCUAGACGCUGUAAUAAAAUACCUGUUUUCACUUGAA